AUGCACAUCCCCGCCAAACACGCCGAACACAGCAUGCGCGCCAUGCGCACGCUGAUCCGCCAAAACCCUCUCGGAAUCCUCACGACCGGCCUCCCUCACCCAGAUUACCCCUUCCUCCAAUCCUCGCACAUCCCGUUUAUCCUCGUCGAGCCGAAAGACGACGCCGAGCUGGGCGUACUGAGGGCCCAUAUGGCGCGGGCGAAUCCGCAAGCUAAGGCGAUGAUUGCCUCGGCGAAGAAGGACCCGUCGAGCGGGACCUACUUCCUCGAACAAGAAGUCCUCGUCCUAUUCACCGCCGACCCGCACGGCUACGUCUCGCCGAGCUGGUACACCGAGACUAAACCUGCGACCGGCAAAGUCGUACCAACAUGGGACUACUGUGCGGUACAAGUCUAUGGCAAGGCGACGGUAUUUGGGGACGCGGCGGACGAGCGGACGAGCGAGUACCUCCAAGGCCAGAUGGAGGCGUUGACGGAGCUCAGUGAAGCGAGUGUGGGCAAGACGGGCGACGGAGCAUGGAAAGUCUCGGACGCGCCUGAGCGGUACAUCGAGUUGCACAAGAAGGCGGUUGUAGGUGUCGAGAUCCGGAUCGACCGCGUCGAAGGACGGACAAAGAUGAGUCAGGACAAGUCAGCGAAGGACGUCGAGGGAGUUGUAGCUGGAUUCAGGAGUUUGCGGACCGAGGCGGGCGAGAAGAUGGCGCAGGGCGUGAGACGGGCGGCGGACGAGGCGGUAGCAGCUAAGUCGGCGGAGUAG